AUGUUACAACAAAUAACUAAGAUUGCAUCAUCCACCACUACUGCUCAAAAAAUAGGCAAAGUUAUUACUUCAAAUAUAAUCGAAAACACUUCUACCAAAGCAAUAUCAGGUAAUUCAUUCAAAUCAUUUAAAGAAUAUAGAGAAAAUGCAAAAACCUAUGGUCCAUUGAGUGCUAGCCUUGCAUACAAACGGCAUUUAACUGACUUACACAAGUGCUAA